AUGAACCUUUUUACCCAGUUCCUGAGCGAAAGAAGUGGGUUGCCAGAACCCCCAUUACGACUAUUGCUCACCGUAUUACUUGGUUUUCCUGCUGCUGUUAUCUACAAUUAUCUAUUCGGUCAAAAUGCACAAAUUUCUACAACUAAAGAUGGUGUAAACCUCAGCCACUACAAGAUUUACUAUAUAUUAGGCGCGGGCAUCCUACUCAACUAUUUCUUUAACAGCUUUUACAUAUAUCAUUCACUUCUUACCAUUUCAGUCACUUACGGGCUACUGUAUAUUCUGGGCGAGCAAACGUUAAAGAAUCGGUUUAUAGCCAAUGUCUGCGUAUGGAUUUUCAAUGCCGUUUAUUUGCUACUUGGAUACUAUUAUAUGCAAACUGAUGAUUACGAUAUUACAUGGACUAUGACACAUUGUGUACUAUGUUUACGGUUAAUGGGAUUUGGUUUUGAUUACUAUGAUGCUGCCAAACAUUUGCAAAAGAAAGUAGCAGAAGGUACUGUGAAUCCUGUAGGAUUAGAGGCAGAAGUUAAACAGACAGCUGUUAUCAAAGAGGAUGAAAACACAACAACUACAACUAACCAAUCCAAAAAAACACCUUCCUCAAUCUUACCUUUAUCUUUUUUGGACGAUACACCUUUGUUUGAACUUCCGAAUAUUCUUGAAGUAUUUGCCUACUGUCUAUUCCCUUCUGCUUUUUUGGUCGGGCCACAAUUCUCUUUUUCACUCUUCAAGAAAUGGAUUAAUAAUGAAACACAACAGGAACUUACAACUUUGCAAAAAGAAGAAACCUACAAAAUUCAGAUUGUGUAUGUGCUUCGAUCAGUGGCGUUGGCUGCUCUCUACUUAGGCAUUCAACAGACUAUAGGCACGCAAUAUUCAACGAGUUAUCUGUUGACAGAAGAAUAUAGAUCAUUAAAUUUCAUAAACAGACUAUUUAUUCUUUGCUUAGCGGGCAAAUUUGCCUAUAUGAAAUAUAUCGGCAUCUGGUUACUGACGGAAGGCUCUGUCGCUUUAUUCGGCAUAUCCUACGAUCGCCGGAACUACUAUAAUACUGUUGACAAAAAAAACGUUACUCUUUUCAGCGGUCUGGCAAAUACCAAACCUGCAUUGUUCGAAACUGCUACAUCAAUUGAUCACAUCAUCCUAUCGUUUAAUAUCAACACUAAUCUAUGGACUAAGUACUACGUUUUCAAAAGGCUGAGAUUCUUGGGUAACAAAAAUCUGUCGCAGUUCGGUACCUUAGCAUUCUUAGCAAUCUGGCACGGUUUCCAUACUAUGUAUUUCGUUACAUUUUUGCUCGAGUUCGUAUAUGUACAGGCUGAAACAGUACUCCGUGAGCGUCUUGUAGUGCCUUAUAUAUACCCUUUUGUCGGUAGCUCAGACAACAGUAUGAAGAAAGGGCCACUUUUUUAUGCAUGGAAAAUUAUUGCUUGGGCCACGUGCCAAUUUACAGUCACUUAUGCAGUAGUUGGUUUCGAAUUGCUGAAAGUGCAUAAGAGCAUCGCAGCUUAUCAAAGUGUAUACUUCGUAGGCCAUAUACCUGCUCUUAUCGUCUUGGCACUGCAUAAAAUCUUACCUAAGCCUAUGUCUAUGAAAAAGAAAGUCGAGUAA